GAACACGAUGGCAUCUGCACAGUAUGUCUUCUAUCUGACAUGUUUGUUCUUGGGGGAAACAGUUCACACAAAUGACCUCAAAUUCUCCUUGUCUCUUCAUCAAGAAAGACAUUUUGUAUCAGCUAAUACUGGGGACGAUGUGACUCUGCGUUGUUUCUAUAAAGGUAGUGAUGUGGCAAGGUUUUACUGGUAUAAGUUACAUUUGGGAAAGAAGUCAAAACUUCUUUGUACUGUCAACACAGUGGACAAUCAAGCCAUGUUUCAUGAUGAAUUCAAGAGUGAUCCACGGUUCACAGUCAAUUCUGAAAAAGGAAAAAUUGACUUAAAAAUAACAGACCUGCAAAUUUCAGACUCUGCUACUUACUAUUGUGCAAGCAGCUAUGGGUACAUAGCUGGUUGGUUUACAUUUGCAGAGGGUACUGUCAUUGAUGUAAAAGGUUCAGGGUCGAACAUUCCAACUUUAGUGUAUCAGUCAGCAUCUGAGACCAUCCAGCCAGGAGGCUCUGUGACUCUGAACUGUACAGUACACACUGGGACCUGUGAUGAAGAACACAGUGUUUACUGGUUCAAAGACUCUGAAGAAUCUUUCCCAAGAAUCAUUUACACCCAUGGAGGCAGGAAUGAUCAGUGUGAGAGGAAACCCAACACACAGACACACACCUGUGUCUACAACCUGCCAAUGAAGAGCCUGAAUAUGUCUCAUGCUGGGACCUACUACUGUGCUGUUGCCUCAUGUGGACACAUACUGUUUGGAAGCGGGACCAAGCUGGAGUAUGAGAGGAACUGUUGUGUCUUUGUGUAUUUCUUGAGUGGAGCUUUGGCAUUCACCACACUUCUGAGUGUUUUAAUGGCUUUAUUAUUGUAUGUGACCCACAAGAGAAACAGCACCAAACACACAGGUACUGCAACUUUUAAUGUAGCUCAAAAUGAAGAAAACAUUCAUUAUGCCGCUUUGAGGCACCACAAGGCUGACAGACCAAGAAGACUGAGAAACAACAGCAAGGCUGAAUGUGUCUACUCAAGCAUAAAGCAAUAG